UGGAGUGCUGGUGUUUGGGUGUAAUGUUCCUUUAAAGGCUGUUGCCCCCUGCAGCGUCGUCAUUGCGCAGAACAGUUUGAACCAAAAAGCGGAGUGACCUUCCUCCGCUUCCAGUCUGAGAGGGGCAGCACUGAAGCAAGAAGCCGCUCACAGCUCCCAAAGUCCACCGCUACAGCCUCAGAAAUGAACAACAACUUAGUCGGAGAUGAAGUCGGGAAACUUUUUGUAGGUGGACUGGACUGGAGUACGACACAAGAAACAUUGAGAAACUACUUCUCGCAGUAUGGAGAGGUAGUAGAUUGUGUCAUCAUGAAGGACAAAACCACAAAUCAGUCGCGAGGCUUCGGCUUUGUUAAGUUCAAAGACCCUAAUUGUGUACGAACAGUGCUGGAGACAAAGCCACAUAACCUUGAUGGAAGAAAUAUUGACCCAAAGCCAUGCACACCCAGAGGAAUGCAGCCCGAAAAGUCUCGGACCAAGGAGGGCUGGAAGGGCAGCAAAGCUGAUAGCAAUAAAUCUAAGAAGAUAUUUGUAGGUGGAAUUCCCCAUAACUGCGGAGAGCCUGAACUCAGGGACUAUUUCAAUAGAUUCGGAGUGGUCACAGAGGUGGUAAUGAUCUAUGAUGCGGAGAAGCAGAGGCCCCGAGGUUUUGGAUUUAUUACUUUCGAGGCCGAACAAUCAGUGGACCAGGCUGUCAACAUGCAUUUUCACGACAUCAUGGGCAAAAAAGUGGAAGUAAAGAAGGCAGAACCUCGUGACAACAAAGCUCCUGGCCAGCUUGGUCCUGGUCAGUGGGCUCCCAGGGGGAUUUUGACUGCAGCUAAUGGUUGGACAGCACAGCCGGCCCCAGGCUGGCAACAGGCUUACGGCCCACAGGGAGUGUGGGUGUCCGCUGCCGGCCAGCCUAUAGGUGGGUAUGUACCUUCGCUUUCAGCGGGCCGGGGAACCCCCACGCAACCUCCGUCACCCUUUAACGCAUUCCUGGUCACCACGCCGGCCGGCAGCUUCGCAGCACCUCAGGGCUACCCUCAGCAGGGCUACAGCACAGCACCUCAGUUUGGUUACAGUUUCGGCACACCCCAGGCAGACCAGUACGCUCCGCAGGUUCCUCCUCCUCCCACCACACCAGGAACGGCAACCCUGGGCUUUGCCCCCGCAACCACGCCAACUCAGGACUUGAGCAAGGCUCCCACAGGGCAGCCUGAUUUUCCUUACAGCCAGUAUGGAAUCCUCGGCAAUCAUUUCUGUCCAGUUCUCCCAGCUGGGCUGUGCUUUGGUUUUUAAAGAUUGCUAAAGGGGUGAGAAAGGAAAGAAGAUUGAAAGGAGACCAGCACACCAGUAAAUCUGAGUUUCUUACAGAUUCUUCUCUCUCUGAUGGUCCUGUUGGGAUCAUUCUUCCAAAAAAAAAAAGUCUUGUAUUCUUCUAUUUGUGCAUUUCUUCCUCUCUUUUUCUCUCCCUCAUCUUUCCACUCCAGUUGUUUAGAUCUUUUUUAGAAAUGUUUUGAUAGCUUCACUCUUGUUUUGAACUGGAUGCUGCCAGGACAGGAUAAUAUCUAAACUGAAAAUCUGGCCACCAAUUUGGGAACCAAAGUUGACAUUCAGGCAUUGGUCUGAAUCAUCUCCUCAGGGAGUUUCCUUUCUCAGUAGUUCCUGUGUUUCCCUUGUGUUUUUGCAGGGAAAUGGUGCCAUCCAGUUCCUAAAUCAAUUAGAAAGUGUGUUGUGCAUACUAUACAAGACGCUCCACACAUUUUACAUCAAUCCAGCAAAAAAAUGACCAUAUUGCUCUAAUUUAGGUGAAACUUUCUAAAUCAAAUAUCUCAUUCAAAUAUUACAAUUUUUGAAAAUUUGGGGGAAAAUCCACCUUCUUUUAGUUUUUAGGUUAUUUUAAAAUAAAAAUAUUAACAACUCUGCAUCACACGUCAAACUCAAAACCAUUUAUGUGGCCCUUGAGACUCUUUCAAGUCAAAAAAUGUGCUUAAAUGUUUUUUUUAUCAAUCAAAUUAAAGCAGUUUUUAUGUGUAUACUGUCAAAUUACAUCAAUGUGAAAAGAUGUUCAGUAGUUGAUUUCGAAAAUUACUGAUGGAAUGCAGAAUAAGAUAUUUAUUAAUAUUUUAUCAGUUUAUUAAUGUGUUGUUUUACCAAUACAUUUUGCUAUAACAAACAUCGGCCCUUUGAGGACAUUCUUGAUUAUGAUUUUACCCAAAAUGAAAAUGAGUUAGACACCCUUACUCUACAUAAAUAGAAGCCAUUUUGGGGGUAAAAUGAAUGAUUAACCAGGCAACAAAGAUGGAAUAAUUUGUUUAAAAAAAUAAUCACCAUGCUGGUCAUACCUCCAGUGCUAUUUAAAGAUUUUUUCCUCUUACAGAAAUCUUCUCUUUUUUUUUGUUGCCUUUUUUCAUGUUUUAAAAUGUUCCAGACUAUUUGGAUAUGAGACAGAGAUAACCUGAAUAAAUACAAAAUGUUGUUUUUAGAUUAUUUAAAAGCUAUCUAGAACAAUAUAGUGCCCAGUGAAAAAGUAAUUGACCACUAAACCUGGCAACCUCAGUCAAGCCAAACCUCGUAACCUAGCAACCGAAGCAGAGCUCCAGCACAUUUGGCCAGCUGGUUUUGCCGCUGUAUGCACUGAACAGUGGCUGCUAGAAAAGAUGAGUGUUUUGUUGUCAACUUGCCACCCAGAAACCACUUGCUGCAUUCUUAUUUGGGCAGGAGGCUCUACUUCUGCUUUUCAAAGGUGUACAAUUAUACAAUUGUGCACCUGUUUGCAGCCAUUUUACACUAAAUGAGUUUUGGGGGCGUGGCUAGCAGCAGCUUAUUUGGGUUUAAAGUGACAAGACGUCUUAAAACAGCUGAAAGAAGCUCAAAAUACUCAGCCGGGUAAAAUCUUAUCUGAGAAAAAUAUUAACAUGAUGUGUAUUGUCAAUAGAUGUAACCUAACUUGUUCAAGGAAACAUAAUAAGUCACCUCUAAACACAAGUGGUUUUAUUCCUCAUCUUUUCUUGAAUUUCUUCAGAUCAGGGCAUGUUAUUGUUUGGAUAAUAAAACCUGCCUGAUGACAUGAAGUAGGUUAAAAGAUCUCAGUGUCUUGAUUCUUUAGAUCUGGUAGUCAUCAGAGCUGGGUGUGUUGCUUGCAAAACAGAAACUAAAAUUUUGUUAUUCAGUAGAUUCAUCAUUUUAUAGGAGUUUCUUGUUCUCAUAUGGCCAUGUUGGUCUGGAUAGCUUUUUUGAAAUGGUCAUUUGAAAACUGCUUUUUGUAUUUCCUCAUGUUCUUUAAAAUGUUUUUCAUUAGAAACAUUUGUGAGAAAAUGGUAAAAACAGCAGAAAUCUGCCUGUUUUAAAAUGGAUCUGCAGCUGUACAAUUUUCAAUUAAUCAGGUUUUAUUUACCAAAAAUAUGUACUUACGAGGUUCUAAAAUUACAACCUUAAAUUUAGAACUGCAUGAUAUUUUAUAUGUUGUGAAAAGCUCGAUCCUCAGUGGUAGUGUGUGGAAAAACUAGAUCCACCUUUAAGCACCAUUUAUCAAUUUGCUCGCUUCUCAGACUUUACAAACAUCUGCAUGUUGAAUUGAGAUAAUCAGAAAAUAACAGAUCAAGCCUCAUUUCUGAGGCUA